AUGGGCGGUGUAGGGAAAACAACUGUUGCUCAAGCUUGCUACGACAACUUGAGAGAUUCUGCAGACGCCAACGCCAACGACGACACCAAGUUCCAUUUUGUUAACAGGGUCGGACAAAAUGGUGUUAAUGAUCAAGAUAGGGUUGAAGGGUUAGUGAGAGAACUCUAUUCAAAAUUGUUGUCCGAGGAUUCUCUCAGUCGCGAGGACUUGGAUAAAGAAUAUCGACGGGGCCGCCUUCUCAAGACAAGGGUGUUGGUUGUUCUUGACGAUGUGCACACUCCUUCACAAUUAGAUGAGUUGCUUUUACAGGAAGCAACUGACCCCAGAAAGUUGUUUGCUCCAGGGAGCAGAAUCAUCGUGACCACUAGAAAUCGAAGGGUGCUUGAGCAUGUUAAGGCAAAAAUACACAGUGUUGGUCCACUCGAUGUCGAUGAAUCUCUUCAACUUUUCAAACUACAUGCUUUCUCACUAGGCUCUCCUUUUGAUGAUGAUGACGACGACGGUGGUCGAAAUGAUGAUUUGUCACACAAGGUUGUAUCAUACUGCAACGGCAACCCGUUGGCGCUUAGAGUUUUAGGGGGUGCAUUGUCAUAUAAAGACAACAAGUAUUGGGAGAGCUUCGUUCUCAAACUGGGCAAAACUCAAGAAGCAGCAAUUCAUCAUGUCCUUCGGACAAGCUAUGAAGAGUUGAGAGAUGUUAAGGAUAAAAGAUUGUUUCUCGAUAUGGCUUGUUUCUUCUCUGGGCACUGGAGAUCUUUAUUAGUCAAGUAUAUGGAAACUGUUGAUGAAUCUGCAUAUAGUCGAGUGGAGGAUCUAAUCGGCAAGUCCUUGCUAGCCUCUGUGUUCGACCAGAGUGAGGGUGAGAUACUUGUUGUGCAUGAUUUGUUAAAAGAGAUGGCUUGGAACAUCGUCAACGAGGAAGAAGAUCUUGGAAGACGCAGCAGGCUGAACGAUCCGGCUGACAUUCACAACUUGCUGACCAAUUGGAAGGGGCAUAGAGCAACAGAAGGGAUCCGUUUAAACCUUUCCAAAGUUAAAAUGAUGAGUCUGAAAGCCAAUGCUUUUGAAGGGAUGAACUCUCUUCGAUGGCUUAACUUCUUCUUGCCGAAAGGCUUUGGAAGUCGGCAUAGGAAAAUCAUUGUAUCAGAAGGUAUCCUUAACUCUCUUCCCAACGAGUUGAGGGGUCUACGAUGGGACCAAUUCCCUUUAGCUUCGCUGCCGGGUGGAUUUUCUCCUGACGAACUCGCCUACCUCGUUAUAAGCCAUUCUCCAAUCAAGACAUGUUGGAAAGAGAAUCAGCCUGAACUUGAGAAAUUGAGUAAGCUAAGCCUCACUUCCUGUGAGAAUCUAACUGUCAUCCCAGACUUGCGGAAAUCUGCAAAUCUCGAGCACCUUGUACUCGAGAAGUGCAAAUCUCUAGUGGAGGUACCUGACAGCAUUCAAUAUCUUGUCGAGUUGGUAAGGUUGGAGGUUAGAGAUUGUGAGAACAUCGAGCGUGUCCCGGACAGGCUGAACUCGAAUGUGCUCAAGCACCUAAUCCUGGUCAACUGUCCCAAGGUGACGCACUGUCCAGAGGUUGAUUCGGGAGUGUUGGAGUCUUUGGAUUUAGAUGGAACCCCAAUCGAUGAGCUACCGAAUGCGAUUUACAAGGUCAAGCAGGGUGGGGUGGUAUGUCUCUAUGGCCCCAGCAUCACCAGUUUCCCUCAACUUUCAACCAGCCUAAAGCUACUCCGUCUGCGCAAUACUGCAAUAAGAGGCAUAGAGUUGGAUCAUCGUCGUCGUCAAGGUUCCAAUCUGCCGAAAUUUGAGCAAUUGCACUUGCUCCACAACUCCCAGCUCAAGACUCUGUCGAGGAGCAUAUGGAACAUGGUCACUGUUGAGCUUACUAUUGAGUGGUGCCCAUUAAUUAAGAGUUUGCCAGAGAUCUCACGGGUGCCUGUUGGUGACUUGACUAGGCUGAUUAUUAGCGGAUGUGAAGGCUUGGAGAGUCUUCCAUCAGGCAUCAACCACCUGAAAUCUUUGAAUUACUUGCGUUGCUAUGGCACAACUAUGAAGUCCCUUCCAAAUAUCGAGGAACUGGACAAAAUCACUCAUUUAGCUCUAUCUAGUAGCAGCAGAAUUGAGUCUGUCCCACCAAACAUACACAAACUCGCCAAUUUAUCGUGCUUGAUGUUGAUACGCUGUUGGGGGAUUCAAUAUUUGCCUGAACUUCCACCAAAUCUUGAUUUUAUGGAUGUGAGCUGUUGCAAGUCGUUGCUUGCCUUACCAAGCAAUGUGGGGAGCCUGAGAUGGAGGUGCCUGUGCUUCGUAGAGUGCCCAAAAUUGGACAUGAACUUGCCUGAAGAAUUGGUGAAGAAUUUUCCUCAACAGGCAUUGUCGUCUCCGCACUCUAAGGGCAUGCUCCAAUAUUCUGGGAGUGAGAUUCCAAAAUGGUUCGACUACAAAAGCACAGAGAACAACAAUGAGGACAGUUCAUGUGUGACUGUGAAACUGCCUCAUCCAAACAGCAGUCGUCGUCAUCGAGGAGUGGUUAAGGGAAUUGCAUUCGGCGUUGUGUGUUCUUCCGAUAGCGGCCCUGCUCUGUUGUCUAUACGAUGCGAAUGCAGCAUUGGCAGCAGUGCCGCUGCUGCCUCUUGGAGGAGCCCUUUCUUGUUGGGUCUGUCCUCGUCAGAUGUUGUGUACAUGUGUUUUGACAAGAACUCAUUUGGUGAGACUGAUGAAGGAGUACGAGGAGGAGGAGAACCUUGGUAUGUGAAAUAUGCUGGGCUCGAUGUUUGCUUCAGAAUCCGUUUUGAAGCAAAACGGGGUGGAGAUCUCAACAAACUAAAGAAGGCCAAAUGCAAAAGCAUUGGUGUCUCGCUGCUGUACUAA